AUCAAAUUAUACAAAUUAUUUUUCGGUUUUUAUGUAAAGAAAUUGAUAUAAAAAUAUCGUGAAGUUGAUGAACUUGAUAAGGAGUGGAUUUGUUUCAUAAGUCAAAUAAUGAUGGACGUGGCACAAGGCUUAGCUGAGAGUACAUCGAACGUGACUUCAAAUCCUAAAUAUUCUAAAUUUACGGAGAUUAAGUACGAAAAUAUCAGCUGGGAAUCGUGGGAAUCGUGUUAUUAUUGUCCUUGUUUAAAGUUUGCUUGUGUUUCGGACUUUGUAAAGCAUUUACGGGAGCGACAUUGUACCCGAGAAGGUGGUUCUUUUGUAUGUCGAUACGGCUUUAAUGGUGUAUGUCCGUCUCUACCGUUGGACGGAGUUUCUGAUCGAGAUUAUGAUGCUCAUGUAAAUAAAUAUCAUGUAAAUCAAAAUUCCCGUGGAAUGCCUCCUGAAUGGUCCGUAUUCUCGGCAGCUCAGAACCUGCCUGCCGUAUUAAAUGAUCCAUUACGCGGCAAGCAAGUCAAUCUUUUCACUAAAAAAUGGGGAGCUGAUUUUGUUGAAAAAAGCCAUAUAUCGUCUUCAACGUAUUUACCUGAAAUUACUUAUCGUGACUUUGAAAAGUAUAUAUCAAAAAUAGGUAAGCGUUAUCGACGGCAUGAUCAUUUUACAAUGCAACAGAACUUGAACUUGCAUCGUGAAGGCGAAUCUUUGGCGUGCAAUGGAAUUGUAUCGACCUCGCCAACUCAUGGUGUUAGCUUCGUCGCAGUACCCGAAAUAUUUUUAAAAGAGACCCUAAAUUUGCAAAAUGCUUCUACAUUUUCGCAAGUAUUUCCUGGUAUUAUGGAAAAAUCAAACGGAGAAGAGAGGCGUAAAACUGGUCGUGUAGUUCAAGAAAAAUUAUCGCAUUAUUUAGAUAUUGUAGAGGUUAAAAUUGCUCAGCAAGUCUCUCAAAAGUCGGCAUCAUUUUUUCAUGCGAUGACCUCCCAAGAUGCUAUAAUGAUCGAAAUGAAAGAAGCUGCGAGACGUGUCCAAGCAUUACGAGCUGCCCUCCAAAUGCUUCAUAAAUCUGUAGUCAUAGAUACUUUCCGUGUCUUGUGCUUCGCAAAACGCCGCCAAAAUUUUGAAGAUGUGCUGGAUAAAUUGUGUCUAAUGGCGACUGUUCAUAAAACUCAACCGAUGUUGCAAUUACUUUUAGGGACGCAAGAUUAUGUGGCUGCGCUGGAUUUAAUUGGUACCACCCAAGAAAUUCUUACUCAAGAACUUAACGGUGUUCACUGCUUCAAACAUUUACCUAUGCAGUUAGUGGAAAUGGAAAAACUAAUUGAUAAAAUGCUAACAAGUGAGUUUGUAAAAUACGUAACAGGAGAUUUGAAUAGGCCGCUAAGUGAUAUGCUAAAGGAAACAGAUAGUACAUGUGCAGAGGAGGACAAACUUGUCUGCAUCGUAAUGGGUCUGCUGCGAAAAAAGAAUUUCAGUUUUGUGGAUACUUACAAAGAGGAGGCAAUCGCAACUAUUCGGGCUAUAAUAAAGCAACAAAUAAUUGAAUUUAUAUCCACUAGUGAGAGAGAAAUAUGUCUAACAGGGACGGGAGAGGAGGCGCAAGAUCUUUCAAUUGCUGAAUGGAUAAGUCUGUUAGGCAAACUCACUGCAGCAUUACUAAUCAUUUUAGAGCGCGUACAAGCUGUUACAUACAUAAUGGGGCAGACCACUGCAGCGGCAGGUGGAAGCAAUCAUGGCAACCAAUCGAUAGGGAUAAAUAACGAAAAGGCUGUAAAUUUAAUUGAUUCUGAGGCCUUUCUCACAGAAUCAGACCGAGCGUGCGUUGAUCAAAAGUUAGGCGAAUUAAUCGAUGUGGUAUGCCAAUAUUGUCAUAGACGCUGUGCAAAUCUUAUUGCUCCGCAAAGCUUAGAGAAGGCGACCGCUACCCUCGAAGAUAUAUGUCGCCUUUCAUUAUUGGUUGAAGAAUUUAGCGAAGCUUGUGAAGAUAUAUGCGGGAUUUCUGCGGUUCCUUUGAAAAUGGCUUUAAAAGAUCAAGCAAUAAAGUUUGCCAAUCGUUUCCAUAGUGAACGUAAACAUAAGUUGGGGAUUUUGCUUGACGCAGAACUUUGGCGGAAAGUUGACAUUCCAAAUGAGUUUCAGAAGCUAAUCGACUUCAUUGAAGAAAACGAUAUUUCUGAGCUCACAGUCGAAAGAAGCUCCACAAGCUUCCUAUCUGGCGGAACUUCCUAUUGGCAUUACGAGGACGCUACUGACAUGCCACCGUCUAGUCCGCUGCUAUUAGUUGAGUCGGUCCCCUAUACCUUGGUGGGUACGGCUCUUUUAUUGGUACAAAUGUUAUGCGAAUAUUGUCGAUAUGGCCAGCUUUUACCAAUCGUAGCUGGUUAUCUAUCACGCAAUGUUGUCGAUUUAUUGCGAACAUUCAACUCUCGUUCCUGUCAGUUGGUAAUCGGAAUAGGCGCAUUAAGCGUAGCAGGUCUAAAGAGAAUUACGAGCGCGAAUUUGGCUUUGCUUUCCAGGUCUUUGCACCUUAUCUUGUGGUUGUUGCCGAAAAUUAAAGCACAUUUCGAAUCGCUGGACCCUACAAGUGUUGCUGGCUAUGAGAUAGUCGAAAACGAUUAUCGCGGACAUAUUAAAGAAAUUGAAUACAAAAUAUACACUAUUGUGUACGAUUGUGUUGCCUUGGAGCUAAAUGAUUGGGAAUCACGACCGCCAAUACCGUCGCAGUCGUUUAGGCAAAUAUCCCGACAUUUAGUUACAUUACAUAAAACAAUUGCACCCAUUCUACCUGAAAAACAAAUGCAAACGAUCUACAGCAUUGUGCAUCGCAAUUUUAAAGAUAAAUUAAGAGAGAAGUUGCUAGAAUUGGGUAUUGUAAAAAAUGGCGGACCUCAGCAGGGAGUAGUAACAUCAGAGUUAACUUUCUAUAUGGAAACGUUACGGACGUUGAAGGCUCUGCCAGUUGAAGAACUUGACGAUGAUAUAUUGGAAAAUAUUUGGGAGUUUAACUCUUGCCAAUAAGGAUAGCUUGUUAUUUCGUGUAUUUUAUUUUAAUAUUCAUUUUAGUUACUUUUUUUGUUAUUGUGAGACUUAUAUUUAUGUAAUUUUUGUUAAAGCAUUUUUAAUCCUAACUAUUUGUUAUUCGUUAAUUAAGUUAAACACUCCUACUAAUUAUGACGAACUGUGUGUGAAGUUGGUUAAUUUAGAAAUGUUAAAAAGAAGACGGAAUAAUAAUAAUAAUGUCUAUCAUUCCAAUUAUGGCAAUUGCGAUAUCAACAAGAAUUGAGGGAAUCGUUUAACCCACGGCCGUAUUUAGUGAAUAAAAAGUUUGGUAGUUUCCUUUUGAUACAUUUUUGACGUUACUUGGCUG